AAACAAGUAUUUGACAUGGUUAUUACUCCUGAAAGCCGACUGGGAUCUCAGCGUCUGCUUCUCUCGCUAUUGUUUCUAGUCCUCUGGGAGGCAGGGAGCGGCCAGGUCCACUACUCCGUCCCCGAGGAGGUCAAACACGGCACCUUCGUGGGCCGCAUCGCGCAGGACCUGGGGCUGGAGCUGGCCGAGCUGGUGCCGCGCCUGUUCCGGGUGGCGUCCAAAGGCCGCGGGGACCUCCUGGAGGUAAAUCUGCAGAAUGGCAUUUUGUUUGUGAAUUCGCGGAUCGACCGCGAGGAGCUGUGCGGGCGGAGCGCGGAGUGCAGCAUCCACCUGGAGGUGGUGGUGGAGCGGCCGCUGCAGGUUUUCCACGUGGAGGUGGAGGUCACAGACAUUAAUGACAACCCGCCUGUGUUCCGGGUAAAGGAACAAAGGGUGCUGGUUUACGAAUCUAGGCUGCCAGAUUCCCUGUUUCCACUAGAGGGCGCGUCGGAUGAGGACGUGGGCUCAAACUCCGUUUUAACCUAUAAACUCAGUUCCAGUGAAUAUUUCACGCUAGCUGUGAAAACAAACAGUGACGGCAAUACGCAAAUUGGGCUUGUGUUAAGGAAAUCUCUGGACCGAGAGGAAACUCCCGAACAUGCCUUACUGCUCACGGCCACUGACGGAGGCAAACCUGAGCUCACUGGCGCCCUUCAGGUUCUGGUCACUGUGCUGGACGUGAAUGACAACGCCCCCAGUUUCCCACAGUCUGAAUAUGAAGUGAGAAUAUUCGAAAACUCAGACAACGGGACGGUAGUUAUCAGGCUGAAUGCUUCUGAUGCCGACGAAGGAUCCAAUCAGGAGAUUUUUUAUUCUUUUAAUAGCCUUGUUCCGCCCGUGGUUAUCGACCAGUUCAGCAUGGAUUCCAAUACCGGAGAACUAACAAUUCGAAAGACUCUGGACUUUGAAAAAGUGAAUUCCUAUAAAUUCCGCAUUGACGCCACGGACAGAGGCCACCCACCGAUGGUGGGCCAUUGCACAGUUUUGGUAAAAGUCUUAGAUGUUAAUGAUAAUGUGCCUCAGAUUUCCGUGACUUCAUUAUCCCUUCCAGUGAGGGAGGACGCUCCCCUGGGUACUGCGAUUGCGUUACUCAGCGUGUCCGACCGAGACGCUGGCUCCAAUGGCCAGGUGAGCUGCUCCCUGAUGCCCCACAGGCCCUUCAGGCUGGUGUCCACCUUCAAGAAUUACUACUCGCUGGUGCUGGACAGCGCCCUGGACCGCGAGAGCGUGUCGGACUAUAAAUUGGUGGUGACAGCGCGGGACGGCGGCUCGCCCUCGCUGUCGGCCACCGCCAGCCUGUCCGUGGAGGUGGCCGACGUGAACGACAACGCGCCGACCUUCGCGCAGCCCGAGUACACGGUGUUCGUGAAGGAGAACAACCCGCCCGGCUGCCACAUCUUCACGGUGUGGGCGCGGGACGUGGACGCGCAGGAGAACGCGCGGGUGUCCUACUCGCUGGUGGAGCGGCGGGUGGGCGAGCGCGCGCUGUCGAGCUACGUGUCUGUGCACGCGGAGAGCGGCAAGGUGUACGCGCUGCAGCCUCUGGACCACGAGGAGCUGGAGCUGCUGCAGUUCCAGGUGAGCGCGCGCGACGCGGGCGUGCCGCCUCUGGGCAGCAACGUGACGCUGCAGGUGUUCGUGCUGGACCAGAACGACAACGCGCCCGCGCUGCUGCCUUCGUGGGCGGGCGGCGGCGGCGGCAGGGAGAGCGAGGUGGUGGUGUCGCGGUCUGUGGACGCGGGCCACGUGGUGGCGAAGGUGCGCGCGGUGGACGCGGACUCUGGGUACAACGCGUGGCUGUCUUACGAGCUGCAGCCGGCGGCGGGUGCUGAGCGCAGCCCGUUCCGCGUGGGGCUGUACACGGGCGAGAUCAGCACGACGCGCGCCCUGGACGAGGCGGACGCGCCGCGCCAGCGCCUGCUGGUGCUGGUGAAGGACCACGGCGAGCCGGCGCUGGCGGCCACGGCCACCGUGCUGCUGUCGCUGGCGGACGGCGGCCAGGUGCCGAAGUCCUCGUUACGUGCGUCUUCCGGUGCUGCGGUCGCCGAGACGGCGCUGGUGGACGUGAACGUGUACCUGAUCGUGGCGAUCUGCGCGGUGUCCAGCCUGCUGGUGCUCACGCUGCUGCUGUACACGGCGCUGCGGUGCUCGGCGCCGCCCAGCGAGGGCGCGUGCGGGCCGGGGAAGCGCGUGCUGCUGUGCUCGAGCGCGGUGGGGAGCUGGUCGUACUCGCAGCAGAGGCGGCAGAGGGUGUGCUCUGGGGAGGGGCCGCCCAAGGCGGACCUCAUGGCCUUCAGCCCCAGUCUGCCACCCUGUCCAGUAGCAUCGGAUAUAGGAGAGCGUCAGGAUUUAAGUGAUGAUCAUUGUGGCAAAGUAAGUGAAAUUUCAUGUUAUGUUUCCUCGUUAUUUUGA